AUGGCAACUACAUAUCCAUUGAUUGAAGUUGUUGGAUUAGAUGUAUCACCAUACCAACCGAAACAGAUAAAGCCUAAAAAUUUUACUUUCGUUAAAGCAAAUGCUACAGAAGGAUUACCGUUCGAUGAUAACACUUUUGAUUUUAUAUUUCAACGAUAUUUGACCGCUGAAAUUCCAAAAGAAAAAUGGCCAUAUUUAAUAAACGAAUUAGUCAGAGUUUUAAAGCCAGGUGGAUUCUUAGAGCUAAGCAAAUUUUCUAGUUUAUUUGAUGCCGGACCUGUUAAUCAACGUCUAUGGUAUACAG